AUGAAGCAGGUUGUUUCUGUCAAGCUGCCACCGCCCGGACAAGGUCUGGCACCCGUCAAUGGCAGCACCGCAGGUUCGGGCCGUUCUCGACCCGCAGAACGCCCGACAUCUGAAAUGGUGGCUCUUGAUGCGGCCGACUCCCCGAUCCGAAGACCGGAGGGAGAUGGAUCGAAACUACCGAGCUCGGAAUCAGCGGCUGCAGAGGUAACAGAACCUGGCCCGGCACUGGAAACCAGUGGCCGAGAGUCGGAUAAACCGUUUGAAGGUAUGGGAUCUUCUACCCCGGCCAAGCCUGACGGUGCUGAACAUCAGCUUACCGCCGAGUCAGGGAGUGCCACGGCAGAGGCCGCCGCAGAUGGCUCGAAACCGCAACCGCCGCCGAGAGACCCGCGCGCCAAGGGGGGUGCCGUGCGACAGACACCUCGCGGCCACAAAAAGGAGCAGAGAGAACAGAAAGAAGCAAAGACGGGCGAUUCCAAGGACACGCAGAGCAGGCCUGCCAAGCAGCCCCUCUCUUCGCGUGAACCACGGGACCGCGACCGACGGCGCUCUGCGCCAAUACCGCGGGCGCCCAGGGCAAACUCAGAGCCACCCAAAACAGCUCAGAGCGAUGGAGCAGUUCGGACUCCAAGCUCAAUCGAUCCACGAUUGGUACGCUUGAUUUCGGAGAUCGAGAACCACUUCGAGCAGUUUGAUAGCAAGCCUCCUGCAGAUGCAAUGGGCUGGUUGAAGGAGACUGCUCAGCUAGAACUCUUCGAAGAAGAACUUCGUUGGAUGCUCAAGCAGCACGAGAAGGACGAGGGCGACAAGCCAAGCGCUGAUCACAGCCCAGCGAGCGAGGCUAAGGCAGAGCCAGCCGAACGCAUCCAUGUGGAGGAUGUCCCCUCAGAGCCGGCGCCACGCGCCGAGAAAGACCUGAACUCGGCGCUGCUACACCUGCGCAGCUGCGAGCGGGAGCAUGCUCAUUUGAUGCAGCUGUUGGGUUAUGAAGAUGCGGUCUUCCGCGAGGAGCGCCUCAUGGAGAUUCGCGAGCUCGAGGAAGAAGUUGAGCAAGAGCAGCGUAAAGUCAAGCAUAUGGAUGCCGAAAACCGGCGGCGAGAGCGCGCGCUGGCCCGUGCCGCAGCGCUCGCAGCCAGCUCGAUGAACCCGGAGAGCGACGGGAACGGCCGCGCACUGCGGCAGACAGAGCAGUGGGAAUCCGAAAGUGCCGUCUGGCAGGUGAAGAACGAAAAUCUGCAGAAACAAGUCCUGCAGCUGAAUAUCUACAUGAAGCAAGACUUGGACAAGCAAGACCAGCUGGAGCAAAAGCUGCAGGCUCUGCGGGAGAAGCUGGAGAGUGAGGAGGCGAAGCAGUGGAUCGAGGAGCAGCGGCAGCGAGAAGAAGAACGCUGGAAUGCAGAGCAAGUGCUUUCUGCAGAAGUCAAAGCUCUCCAGGACCGGCGCGUGUCGGAUGUACAAGCCACCAAGAAAGCGCAUACGGAGAUGCAGCGACAGCUCGUGGAUCUGAGAAAGCAGCAAGCGACCCUGGAGCCCCGACUAGCCCACUUGGAUGGUUUGGAGAAGCAGCUGCGGCGCCAGUGGAAGCAGCUGGCACGGCAGCGUCGGAGGGAAGCUGACAACGCUGUGGUACCUGCAGGGGGGAGCGAAGAGCUGCCGAGCAGUGUGCUGGAGACUCAAAGCCUGAGUCCAAGCUUCGGGCUAGUAGCAGAGACAUUGGCACAGCAUGUGCUGACAACAAGACCAGCUCCAGAAGCGAGCGUUCACUCAGCAGAUGCGACUGUUGAGUCAGACAACAGCAACACGGAGACACAGAAGCCAAGUCCACCAGAUCCUCCAAAGGAGGAGCAUGUGGAGGAGACUGGCAGCUCACCAGAGAUAGGCAUUUCUUUGGAUGUCGAUGCGGAGCAGAUGGGACCUCCUGCCCAGACUCGGGAUAUGGAGCCCGGACUAGUAAGCGUCCGGCAGCAGUCUGAGCCCGAUGGUCGAGGUUCACAAGGCUACCUGGUGAGGCUCCUACAGAAGAUCAUCAACAACAUUCAUGUGGUCCUGCGCUGA